AUGUCGCGCGCUCAAAAUGGAUGUCGGGGCGGUGGUCGUGGAACCAAGGAACCACUCCUCAUUGACGCGGUCAUUGGCAAAGUGAUUAAAAGCAACCGUAGGAACCUAUCCGCCGCCUGGAUAGACUACAAAAUGGCAUUUGACUCGGUGCCUCAUACAUGGCUGAAGAGGGUCCUCGAGCUGUACAAGGUUGACUGUACAGUUAGAGACUUCCUCGCGCAGUGUAUGGGGCAGUGGAGUACGAUCCUUUGUCAUCUAGGCGAGCGGAUGACGGCUGCGGAGAACCACAUAAGGAUAAGAAGGGGUAUCUUCCAGGGCGAUUGUCUGAGUCCAAUCUGGUUCUGCCUCUCUCUGAACCCUCUCAGUACCUUACUGGAGGGCUCCGGGAGGGAAUUUUAG